GCUCACUCUAGCCAGUCCUCAGACCAUCAGCCUUGUGAUCAUCCAACAAAAAAAACAUAAAAAAAAAGAAGGAAAAAGAAAACACCGCAAACAUGCUCUCUCUCAAGACACUCGCUGUUACCUCGGCCCUGGCUCUCCAGGCUGCCGCCACCACCAUCCGUAUCGAUGUUGGCAAGAAUGGACUGGUCUUCAGCCCUAACUCGACAAACGCCGCUAUUGGCGACGUCCUCGAGUUCCACUUCUACGCCCGUAACCACUCGGUUGUCCAGGGCCGCUACGACCAGCCUUGCGCUCCUUUCCCCAACAACCCGUUCUACUCUGGCUUCAUCCCUGCCACCGAGAGCGCCGAGAACGCUACCGUGUUCCAGGUCACCGUCGCCAGCACCGCCCCGGCCGUUUACUACUGCAGUCAGACCCAGCACUGCGCCAAGGGCAUGUACGCCGUCAUCAACCCUUCGGGCCAGAACACUCUGCAGCAGUAUGGCAGCCGCGUCACUUCCAACGUGACCGCCAUCGACCCGCCCUCCAACAUCAGGGUCCCCAACGGUGGUGUCUACAGCGUCCAGUCCAACCUGCAGACCAGCACCUCCUCCUCUGCCACGAGCGCACCUACCGGGCCUGCUGCCACCCCCACUGGCGGCCGUCCCACCAUGACCCCUAACCCCACCUCGAGCAAGUCUGGCUUUGCCGUCCCGACUCAGGCCCCCGUUGCGGGUGUUGUCGGUGUCGCCUUGGCUGCUUUGAUGAUGGUUUAA